AUGCCAAUCUAAAAAAGCUAAAUAGUAUUUAAUCUCCUUAAAUUAUUCGAUAUUUAUGGAGUACCAAUAAGAAUAAAUUUUUAGAGAAAAGAAACUCAUAAAACUAUAUUUGGAGCUAUAAUUUCUAUUAUAGUUAUGAUGACGUUUGGAUUAUUUUGCUAUAUUUAAGGUAUGGAAUUAUUUUAAAAAGCUAAUCCUAUUGUAAUAACAAGUGAGCAAUAUGUUAAAAACCCUCAAAGAAUGGAUAUCGAUAAAACUUAACAAGUAAUAGUGAUGGGAUUCUUUGACCAUAAAGCAUAAACUGUUUAUGAUCCUUCUAUAAUUUAGGUUACUGCUACUAUUUCUAAUUUGUAGAAAGUUUAUAAUUCCACUGCUUAGGGAUAUCAAACUAGUCUAAAGAAUACUUAAUUGAAAAUAAGACCGUGCAAUUAAUAAGACAUAAAAAUAGAUAAGCUUUAAGGCUAUUUUAGUUAGCUCACUCUAAAUUAGUAUUUCUGCUUUGACGACAAUCAGGAAGUAUAUGUUGAAGGAGAUUUUUCAGGCGAUUUUUACUCAAAAGUAGAUGUUUAUUUUUCUUAAUGCAAAAAUUCUACUUAACCAAAUUCUACUAUAUGCCAACCUCAAGAAUACAUUAAUAAUGUAACAUCAAAUUUAUUUUUUCAAGCAUAUAUGAUUGAUAAGAUUGUUGAUCCCUUAAAUUUAGACAAUCCAUUUGACUAUUAAGGAUUUAAUAUAGAGACUUAGACUUCGAUUUUCCAAAGUUAGUAAUUUGUGGCUUUUUUCGAAAACUAUUACGUCUAAUCUGAUAUAGGGCUAAUAUCAAAAUCAGUUAAAGAAGUUAGAGAUUUUUUGUAUAUUGAGUCUCACUCAAGUAACAUAUAUGGCAUAGAUGGAUUAUUGAUUUAAUUUACUUUAAGACCAUACAAAAAUAAACAAUUAAUUAUGUAAAGAAGAUACAUGAAAUUUUCUGAUCUGUUUGCCUAACUUGGUGGGAUAUUAAAAGUUAUUACAUUGAUAGGUUUUGUCUUAGCAUACCCUUUUGCUAAAAUACAUUUGAAGAAAGAAAUAACGAACAGUAUUUUUGAGUUCGAUUUUGAUAUAGAAUAAGAUGAAAAAACUAAUAAAAAAAAUUAGAUGACUAAUAAUUUUGAAAAAAAAACCACUGAAAAUAACUAAAAAAUGAAUUAAAUUAAAAAUGAUAAAUAAGAUUGUUUGAAGGAUUAAUCUAAACAUUAAUAAUCAGAGUGUGACAACGAUAUAGUAAAAUUAAAUAAUUUAAGUUAUUAAAUAGAAUAUAGUCCAAAUAACAGAAGAGGAAUAAUAAAUGAAUAAAAAUAGCAAUUUAAGAAUAAUCAAACCUAAAAAUAGGAUUAAGAAUUGGAAAAUAUACAUGACAGCACUAACUACAAAGCAAACAUAUCAGAAUCUCAAAUUAUCAAUUCUUUUAAUGUAAAGAAUAGUCAAAAUUUUGUUUUCAGAAAAAAAUAAAGCCAAUAUUUAAAUCAAGGAAAUGAAAUUGAAGAUGGCAAAAAAGCUAAAAAAUAAUUAUGGAAAGGCGAUAUUUUGUAGAAAGAAGACCAUAAUUUGAAAUAAUCUUUUUUGGAUAUAUUCAAAAAAAUUUUAAAUCCACACAAAAUGAAAAUAAACUUCAGCUUAAUCGAGUACAUUUAAUAGAUUUUAUCAUGCACAAGCUCUAAGCUACUUAAACUAAAAAAAUAUUUUAUUAAUGAAGGUAUUGAUAAGGUAUAAAACCAUUUAGAUAUUUAAUAUAUUCUCUAAAAGUUAUAGGAAGUUGAAAAACUUAAAUAGGUUAUUUUAAAUGAAGAUCAAGUUAGAUUAUUUGAGCUAUUACCACGUCCUAUUUUGCAUAAAAAAGAUCACCGAAAUUAUACAAAUAAAACUAAUUAGUUUUAUGAUUAAAUCUAUGAGAGUUAUGAAGAAAAAAUUAUAAAUGCUUAUAUAAGCCUAAUUAAUAUUUUAAAUUAAAGAAAAAAAUCUUAAAGAGACCAUUAAUUGAUUCAACUUUUAGAUGAAAAAAUUUAUUAAACGAUUAAAAAUACUGGCCUUUUAUCUAACAGUAUGGAUAAUUAAAAUCAUAGUUACCCAAAUUACCCUUUUGAUAAUAACUCUUUCUAACAAGAUGAAAUAAACGAAUUUUCAUCUUUAAGAAACUCAAAAGCAGAUUCAAAUUUUAGAGAUAUUGAUGAGAACAUAAAAUAAAAAAUUGAACUUCUAUUUACAAAAUUAGAUGUACCAGAAGAAAAUAGCUCAAUUACUAAUAGUCAUUAUUUCAGCCAGAUAAGACACUCAAAGCAAAAUUCCUUGAAUAAAAGAUGA